AUGCAAGAAAUGCCAGUCUUACAGUCCAGUGGGGCUCCAGUGGAGGGGAGGUUAAGCCGCAGUGUUCCCAGCCUGCCUGCGAUCAGACUUGACAGGUUGAAGACCGCUAAGGCAUUGGCUGAGAAAGCAGUCAAGUUGAGAAAAGUGUUUUCGAUGCAAGGGCCCUAUCCUGUGAUCCGUGCUGCCUUGUGGGCCAGAGGGUGGGUGGAACGUGGUCUGCCUCCUCAAGUUCAGAGAGCAUCUCAUUGCCAUGGCGAUGAGGAGGAGGAUGGAGAUGAUGCUGAUGUUACUGGUGAGACAUUGAAGAGAGUUGCUGGAGGGGAGAAAGAGGAGAACCUUGAUGACACAUAUGACCUCAUGUCUCGCCUGGUCCGAAACGAAACAGCACAUUUCUACUGGACGACACGUCGGGAUUGCAUCGACCGCCGCUCCCUGCAGAAUGACCAAAUGACCAAUCACUUUGCCAAUGUGGGAACUUUCACCACGAAGGUGGGGCUAUGUCUGAACCUGCGAAACCUUCAGUGGUUUGAUAAAGCAGAUCCUGAUACCUUCUUUCCAAGAUGCUACAUGCUUGGAGCAGAGGAUGAAACGCACGCAUUUAUAGAGGACUUUAGGAGGACAGCCUGCACCAGUUUGCUGCAGCAUGUGGUCGAGACAAAGGGACGGAGGAGAGUGGGAGCAGAGGUCGGGGAACAAAAAACCAGAAACAGCAUCUCUGAAAAGUCAGAUAACGUGGAGCAUCGAUCCGUGGGUCCGGAAACGAUCGACACAGCCUUACACGUGUGUGAAGAGUUUCUCAGUGUUUUAGAGCACGGCGACAUUGAUGUGAAAACCCCCCCGGCAGUGGAGGAGCAGCAGUGGGCAGAGUUCCUGCAAGACUACUACAUGGUUGUGCAUGAAGGUGCACUGAUCAGGGGUAGCUGUGUGUUAGUGGAGCGCUGCCAGGCCAUGUUGACCCGUCUGCAGGCGGCUUGUCCUCAGCUCGACACAGACGGACUAAAUAACAUCUGGAUCAUCAAACCAGGAGCCAUGUCUAGAGGACGAGGCAUUAUGUGUAUGAACCGGCUAGAAGAGAUUUUGGCCCACGUGGACACAAGCAGAAUCUUUACCAGGGGGAGUAAGUGGGUGGUGCAGAAAUACCUGGAACGUCCUCUGUUGGUCCACGGCACCAAAUUCGACCUCCGCCAGUGGUUCCUGGUGACCGACUGGAACCCUCUGACCGUGUGGUUCUACAGAGAGUGCUACCUGCGGUUCUCCACUCAGCCCUACACAACAAACACUCUGGACAGCUCAAUCCACCUGUGCAACAACUCUAUCCAGAAGCACUUCCAGCCAUCUCAUGAUCGCCAUCCAGGCGUGCCCCUGGACAACAUGUGGUCCUGCUCCCAGUUCAAGGCUUUUCUGCAGCAGCAGGGCUGUGGGGCGCAGUGGGAGAUGGUGGUGGUCCCCGGCAUGCAGCAGGCAGUGAUCCAUGCCCUGCAGACUGCCCAGGACCUGGUGGAGCCCCGCAAGGCGAGCUUUGAGCUCUACGGAGCCGACUUCAUGUUGGGCCGAGAUCUGAGGCCCUGGCUCCUGGAGAUCAAUGCCAGUCCGACCAUGUCCUGCUCCACUGCUGUGACCGCCCGCCUCUGCCCCGCUGUGCAACUGGACACACUGAGGGUCGUGCUGGACUGGCGCUCUGAUUCCAGUGCUUACACAGGAGGCUUCAAGCUAAUCUACAAACAGGCUGCAGUAGAUGUUCCUCACUAUGUGGGCAUGAACCUGCUGGUGGAAGGGACCGCAGUUAGGCAACUCAGACCUCUCCUACAGAGGCAAUGUUUUAUUUCUAAUGCACCUCUCUCUACCCAGCCCCCGUCGGACCACUCAUCUUCAGAGGAGGCUGAAACAUCACAUAGUAAUCCAUCACCUCACAAGCCCCACAUGAUUUCUGCUUUUUGCCGUUCAGACAAAGAGAACAGCGCUGCUGAAGAGAAAAAGAGGCAGCUGACGUCCACAACCCCAAAGAGGGUACGUGAGGCGAGAACAGACAUUCAGAAUACCCAGAAUGCCUCCUGUGUUCGCGGGUUCUGCCAAAGCCUGGGGUCUGAACAGCCUUUAACGGCACACACCAAACGUCAGAGGAAAGUGCAACGUUUGGGUUUACGUCUUGGAGCCAACGGUCCAGCUCUUGUCCCACGGAGUGUCUCUUUUUCGCUGAGCUCUCCUCACGACGCGCUACAUGGUAAAUCUCAGCCCAUUCGAGGCCACGGAUCACACAUUUCUAGAUCCUUCCUUCCCCGGACAGCUAUGGAGCCCCAGCACCAGGCGUCCACCCGGGUCUUACCGUCACUCCAGGGUCCUCUCCCUACCCUGGAGGGCUUCAGUUUGCGGCCAAACAUUGUGGCGGGAGCUGUUGGCUUUCAUAAUACCAAUUCCAGCAUCCACAGGCAUCACUCAUUCCUCCGUCCCCAUAGACAAACCAGGGCCAAAUAUAUUGGGGACUGUGGAGGGAAACAUUAACACUAAUGCUGCUAUGAAGAGAAAUGAUGAUGAAUAUUAUUGCUAAUUGUUAUUCAUUUAUAUAUGAAUUUACUCCUUAUAAAUAUUGUGUUACUAGCAUUAUCCUCAUGGCGUAAGAUUCUACUUGU